AUGUUAAUAGGGAGCAGGAAGUUCUCACUGACCAGCAGCUCUCGAAGCUGGAGACUGAUACCUUUAUGUUUGACUUGUGCUUAUGAGGACAAUGACAACCUGCUCCCAUCUAACAAUUCUCAUGUAGCUGAGGGUCAAGAUCAGAAACAAGACAAGCAUGGAGACUCAGGAUCAAGUAGAAAUACAGAAUCAGGACCAAAGGAAAGACAUUACAAAAUCAGAAGUCCAGGUAAUAGUGUUUACAAACCUACCAGGACAGGAAUUCAGUGUAAUAUUCAGACAGGUAAGAAGUCUUACAAAUGUGACAGUUGUGGGAAAGAGUGUAGGUGUAAGUCACAAUUAAACAUUCACAUGAGAUCCCACACAGGUGAGAGGCCGUACAUUUGCAAGACCUGCGGGAAAAGAUUCACCAUCAUUUCAGCCUUGAAAAGGCAUAUGAGAAUCCACACGGAUGAGAAACCAUAUUCUUGCAACACAUGUGGAAAAGAUUUCAGAAAUAGUAAUAAUUUGUCAGAUCACAUUAGAACCCACACAGGUGAGAAGCCGUAUUCUUGCAACAUGUGUGGAAAAGAUUUCAGAAUUUGGGGCGACUUGAAAGUUCACAUUAGAACUCACACAGGUGAGAAGCCGUAUUCUUGCAACACAUGUGGAAAAGAUUUCCGAAUACGUGGUGACUUGAAAGUCCACAUGAGAACCCACACAGGUGAAAAGCCGUACCUUUGCAAUACCUGCGGGAAAAGAUUCACUGUCAUUUCAGCAUUGAAAAGGCACAUGAGAGUACACACGGAUGCUUAAUGGAAAAUUUGCGCAAUAGUCCCAAAUAAAAGGAGAAAAAAAGAUAUUUUCUGUAAGAGUACCUUUGUUGUUGGUGGUGGUGGUGGUUAUUACAUAUCACAUAUGUAAUAAGGCCUGCCUUAAUUGUUGACAUGAAAACAGUGUUAUAAUUAUUCAUCACAUCUGCCCAGAAACAUUUGUAUGACAGCUGAAGUUACAAUAGUUUGCUUACCUUCCAGGUGAAUACUUAAGAAGGUUUUUCCAUCUGUCUCAUGAUUUGUAAAACGUGAAAACUGAGCUCCACCUCAACUAGCAGCUACAACACAAAUCUGUACUCAAAUAAAAUAUACAUAAAUAUCUGACUUUGACAGAGGUAAUCCCGCAAAAUGUUUGUGCAUUUAUUAGGGCUGUAAGUCGUAGUUUAUAAAAGAGUAGGACGUUUGGUUGUGGAUUGAAGCGAGAGAGAUGCUCAUCUAAUGAAAUUAAUCAGAGAAACUUAUUGAAUUAAAUAAAAGUUGAAAGCGGAACGAAAAGCUCCCUCACGUCCACUGUCGGAAGUUAACAGCGUGACACCUAGCGGAAGUAAACAACACAAGCGCCAGUGGGGCUGACUGCAUGACCAUUAUUGUAGUAAUUUUGCAGUAGUGAAGAAGAUCAUUAUUGAUUUUCUUAAUCCUAUAACGAUGUCUU